UUGUUCAGUUGAUACUAGAUAUUGUUAUUUUUUGCGGCAUUUCUGUUUACUAAUAAAAAAAUUUAAAUGUUUUGUACAACAUAUUAAUUAUGAUUAAAGUUAACCCGAUGGACGGGUUUAUAUUAUUCAUUUCAUAAUUUUCAAGUUCGUUAAAAUUGAAAUAAUGUCGAAAUCUAAGGGUAUUGUUCAAGACCAACCUGGUCCAUCUACAACAAAUCGUAUGACUGAUGAUCCCAUAGUAAAGAAAAUAUUAGAAACUAAGGCUUUGGAACUUAGCUUACCUAGAGUUGAAAAAUUAAUGAAAGUUUCUAAGAAAACUUCUUGCCAGACAUCCGGAUGUACUUGUAAUGGAUGGCAACAAUCAAGACGGUUAAGCAAUCCUGUAAUGACUUCUCUUUGCAAUAAAACUUCAUGUAAUCAUCCACUCUCUGAUCAUACAAAACACUUAACAAAUAUUGAUGACAAUGAGUUGAAUGCUCUACUUGGAUUAGUAUUCGAUCUUGAUAAUAUAGCAAUAACUGUUGAUAAAGAAUCAAAAAAACCUGAUAAUGAACGAAAUUUUGUUCAAGAAGAAGUUUAUAAUGCAAUAUAUCAUGAGUUGCGAAAACAUGUUUAUCCUGGAGCAAUUAUAUCAAUGGAAAAGUUAUUUGGACCUCCUCCAUUUGAAACCCCAAAUAUUGUGAAAGCUUUAAUGAAUUUCAAUAUGUAUAAAUUUGGCCAUGAAAGCAAUCAAUUAAAAAUAGCUCUGAAAAUAACUAAAUUACUACUAAAACACUUGGACUCAUGGAAAUGGACUGCUCCUAUGGAAUUACCCUCAUGUAAAACUCUACAACAGCGAAAUAGUUAUGAGUUUUACUAUCACAGAUACAUGGCUUUUUGUUAUCUACCAAAAUAUCUUCACUCAAUUGCACCAGGUUGUAAAAUGAGUAUGAUUUUUGGACGAGAUGUUUUAAAAUUCAUAUUAAAAGUAUUCAGAAUGCAUUUAAUGGAUUGGUGCCAUACAGAAUCUGUUAAGUGGUCUAACCACAGAAAAUUCUUUUGCAUGAACUACUUACCCAAAUAUUUGAAUCUCCUAGAAGAUGAAGUCUAUGCAACGCAUUCACCUAUAUGGGAUUUACAUUUUAAAGAUGCUGAUUUAAAGAGAAUAAUUCUUAGUGAUUCUCAAGACUUGGGACUUGAAACUAAUGAUGUCGAAUUUGUAAAAGAAAAAUGUCCUAAUGAAGAAAUACCUGGAAAAUCAAAUGAAAAAGUCAAUAUUGAAACAUUAUUGCCAGAACAAAAAAUUGUUGAUUUACUGAAAAAAGUUCAAAAUGGUCCAGUUACUUAUUCAAAGGAGUUUGGAUUUGAAACUGGACCUAGAGGACAUCAAGCUCGGACAGAGGAAGCACAAGGGAUCAUUCGUUUUGUAGUAAUUGGUAAUUCAUUAGACUCAAAAGUUGAAAAAAGUACCAUGAUGUGGUUAAUACAACUUCGAAAUUUAUUUCGUACUCAAUUACCGAGAAUGCCAGUUAGAUAUAUUACCCGAUUAGUAUUUGAUACGAAACAUAAAACUCUAGCCUUGUUGAAAGAUGACGUUCCUAUUGGUGGUAUUUGCUUUUGUCCGUUUGUAUCACAAGGAUUUACAGAAAUAGUAUUUUGUGCAGUUAAAGUAGACCAACAAGAAAAUGGAUAUGGAACACAAUUAAUGAAUCAUCUUAAGGAUUAUCAUAUUGAACAUAAAAUUUAUCAUUUUUUAACUUAUGCAGAUAAACUUGCAAUUGAAUAUUUUAAAAAACAAGGUUUUAGUCAGGAUGUUAAACUCUCAAAGAAAGUGCACCAAGAUUAUAUAAAACAUUAUCAAGGAGCUAUCCUCAUGCAUUGUGAACUAAAUCCAAAAAUAAUUUAUACUCAAUUAACUUCAGUAAUACGUCUACAGAAAGAGAUUGUUAAGAGUUUGGUAGAAGAAAAACGAAUGGGGGUUGAAAAACAAUAUCCUGGCCUCACUUGUUUUUUAGAUGGUGUACGUAUGGUUACAAUAGAAUCAAUACCUGGUGUCAUGGAAACUGGUUGGAUGCCAAGUGCACGAUCUACCAGAAACAGUCGAGUUACAGAAGAAACUACUGAUGCAGAUUUAUUGGCUAAACACUUGAAAAAAGUUCUUCAUUAUGUAAAAUCACAAAAGUCAGCCGAACCAUUUAUGAAUCCAGUUGAUAAAUCAGUACCAAAUUAUUAUGAUAUCAUAAAAUAUCCAAUGGAUUUAAGUAUGAUUGCCAAAAGAUUAUCCUCGGGCUACUAUGUUACACGAAAGUUGUUCAUAGCUGAUAUGAAAAGGAUGUUCACUAAUUGCCGAACUUAUAAUCCAGAUGGUUCUUAUUGGUAUCGUAGUGCAAAUGAAUUAGAGAGAAAUUUUCAGACUAAAAUGAAGGAGAUGGGUCUAUGGGACUAUUGAUCUAUAUUUAUAUAAAUAAUAUUUUAGUAAUCAUAUAAUACUUGAAGGGAGCACUAAUUUCCAUAUUACCACAAAUAAAUUAUGCAAUUUAAGUUUUAGGUAGUAUUGUAUGUCAUUGAUUUAUUAAUUAAUUAUUAUUAUUUUGAAUUUUCAAAUAAUACAAGAAAUGAGUAUAUUAUGUUAAUUACUAAUUUAAAUGAAAAAUAUUGUAAAAAAAAACUUAGAUAAAUUUUUAGUUAUUAUUGAAUUUACUUAAAAUUGAGCAUUAUGACUUAAAUACAUUUUUAUUUUGAAUAA